AUGAAUCGAGACCAAAUUGAGGACUACAUCACGAACAAACUUCAAAUCCCACAAAAGAAUUUCGAGCUCCGAGCCCCUGUAUAUUACCGAUUAAAACCAGGAGUUAAGGAUCCAAGAGAAACUGAGGAUAAAAAUUCAUUGUUGGGAUUUUUAAAUUCUUCGGAAGAACCACAACAAGAAUUGCCAAAUGAUUUGAGUGUGGUGGAGCCUGUUCCGAAAUCAAAAUCAGCGGAAAUGUUUGAAGAGAGUGAAUUUAGAAAAGCAUUAACGGAUGAACAAAUGAAGGAUUUUAACGUCUUCCGAAUGUUUUACAAGAUAUUUGGAACAAAAUGUUUUUCGUAUGCGAGUUUAAUUUCUGCUGGUAUUUCAAUUCCAGUUACAUUAUUCGUAAAUUAUAGAUUUAGAGGACUUGGAAAGGAGAGAGUUGCAGCAACCAUUGAAAAGGGAGCUUGGUCCUUCUUCUUACCUCUCUUUAUUGUUUAUCCAAUUUGUAGGUACAAUAAGACUAAGACGGAUGAUAAAUUGAGAGAAGCUAUUCGAGGAAGAAACUACUAA